AAAGGGCCAACGUGAAUAGCUGAAAUUAAUCACCGCAUACCCUAACUUUCGAAUGGUUGACAGACCAGCCAACCACUGCUACUCCCAGCAACGAGUUGCCAUUAAAGUCAUUGCCUGUCCAAGCGUUUCAUCUCCAACAGUUUCAUCCGCUGGCGUCUCCCUGCUCUGCUCUACCGUGACCUUCUGCUAGGCCAAAAUAAACAAAAAAAGAAAAAGACGAAAAAAAACGUUGAGGCAACCAGCGGCAUUCCUGACGACGACAACGAAAACGAUCUUUGUCAUAAAUAAUAUCUGAUUCAGAAAACACAACGAACGAGUCAUAACAAUUUUAAUAAUUUACUAAAUUUGUCAAACAAAAAAAAAAUGUCUAAUCCGAAUUCCCCUACAUCUGGUGACAACUCAAAGGAUAAUUCUAUUGGAUGGAAUUCAAGAGCUUGGUUUAAUUCCUUAAGAAUGGACCCAGGAUUUUCACCGGAUGACUUUCCUAGAAUGGAACCAGCUGAACCAGGCCAGAUAAUUGAAAGAAAUCCCGAUUCUCGCUCAAGUGACGGCGACGCAACGGACUCAACAGGAAUUUCAGACACAGUUGAACCAGCUUCUACGUCUUCAGGAAUUGCAGACACAGUUGAACCAGGAGAGAUUAUUGAAAUAGGAGUCGAUUCUAGCUCAAGUGACGAUGACGCAACAGAUACCGAAGAAGGUUCUACGUUUUCAGGAUUUUCACCUAGACGGGACCAAAUAGACACACUUGAACCAGGCGAGAUCAUUGAAAGAACAUUGAAUUCUCUUAGACGUGGGGGCAACUCGAUGGAAAAUAAUUCAGCUUCGUCUUCAGGAAUUUCACAGAAUAAUUUUUGUGGAAUUCACGAAAUAGACACAGAUGAAUCAGACGAUCAUAUUGAAAGAAGUUUCAGCCCGUGUGUCUUUAUUGAUUUGUGUAUUCAGCUGCCUGGGACUUCUCGAAACCCUCAUCGUUUUUUACCAGAACCACAACCAGAAGAAGUGCAAGAACCAGAACCGGAACCUAACCCUAAAGAAGACGAUGACGAUGACGAUGACGAUCCAUCGCCGGCAAAGCGCUCCCGUAAGCAGGAUGCAUCAUAUAGAUGCCCAAUUUGCCUGGAGUCCCCAAUGCAUCGUGAGCCCACUGUAACCAACUGUGGUCAUGUCUUCUGUAAGGUUUGCAUCCUAAGGGCCAUCGAUGCCUCACACAAAUGCCCAAUAUGUAAGAACAAAAUAUCGAAAUUUGAUAUCCAUCGCAUAUAUAUGUAAGAAAAAAAUAUCUAAAUUUGAUAUCCAUCGCAUAUAUAUGUUUAACCAUGAAGAGUAAUACGAUCGCCGAUCGAUGAGCGCUGUAAGAACUUGCUCGAUACUUAUUGAUUUAUACAAAUUUAUCCCCUUUUUUUUUGAAUUUCGGUUCCAUAUUGUCUCCAAAGUUAUUUUGUUGAGUUGUGUUAAUCUUACGUUUAUAUAUUGUUAAUAAUUAAAUGGUUUCUGGGAUGAUA